UAUCAUGCACAGGGAGUAAAGUUCGCAUGCGCCUCGUGUUGACUUUAUAGUGACUGCUUUCCAGACACACUCAUUCGAAAAUAUUGUGUCGACCCGGUCUUUGACUGCAGCGCGAGUGCAGCAUUGCGGCCCCACUAAAUCCGAAACGUUGUGUCAUCACUACACUGUAACAAAUAUCUACACAAUGUUAUUCCGCGUCGUCACAACAAAAACGCUCCUGCGCUCCUCCCAGCACCUCGCCAGCCUCCCAAACAGAUGCAGCUACUCCACAAAAGUCGAAUACAAACCAAUUAGAAGCGUCCUCGUGGCAAACCGAGGCGAAAUCGCCAUUAGAGUGUUCCGAGCAUGCACAGAACUGGGGAUCAAAUCCGUGGCCAUUUACUCCAAAGAAGACAGAGCCCACAUCCACCGACUGAAAGCGGACGAAAGUUACUUGGUGGGAGAUGGCCUGCCGCCGGUGCAAGCCUAUCUCCACAUCCCUGAAAUAAUAAAAAUUUGUAAGGACAACGGCAUCGAUGCAGUCCAUCCCGGAUACGGGUUUCUUUCAGAGAGGUCCGACUUCGCUCAAGCUGUCAUCGAUGCCGGGAUUAGGUUUAUCGGUCCUUCGCCGAAGGUGGUGCACCAGAUGGGGGAUAAAGUGGCGGCUAGGGAAGCCGCAAUCGCUGCAGGGGUUCCUAUCGUGCCCGGUACCGAUGGCCCCGUCACCACCAAAGAAGAAGCGAUGGAAUUCUGCGUCAAGCACGGCCUACCCGUCAUCUUCAAGGCGGCGUACGGGGGCGGCGGUCGCGGCAUGCGUGUGGUCCGCAAAAUGGACGAAGUGGAAGAAAACUUCCAGCGAGCGUCGUCAGAAGCUUUAAGCGCGUUCGGCAACGGCGCCAUGUUCAUCGAAAAGUUCAUCGAACGUCCGCGGCACAUUGAAGUACAACUUAUGGGUGAUAAGGCCGGUAAUGUCGUCCAUUUGUACGAACGCGACUGCUCGGUCCAGAGAAGGCACCAGAAGGUCGUCGAGAUGGCACCCGCGCCCCAUCUAGACCUUAAAGUUAGGGACCGAAUGACUGAUUUGGCUGUGAAAUUAGCUAGGCAUGUAGGUUACGAGAACGCAGGCACUGUGGAAUUUUUAUGCGACGAAAAAGGCAAUUUUUACUUUAUCGAAGUCAACGCUAGGCUGCAAGUUGAACAUACCGUCACGGAGGAGAUCACCGGGAUCGAUUUGGUCCAAACACAAAUCCGCGUCGCCGAAGGCAUGACGUUACCGGAAAUGGGGAUCACGCAGGAUCGCAUACGAACCGACGGUUUCGCCAUUCAGUGUCGAGUGACCACAGAAGACCCGGCCAAGAACUUCCAGCCCGACACAGGAAGGAUCGAGGUGUUCCGUUCCGGAGAAGGCAUGGGGAUCCGGUUAGACGGCGCUUCGGCUUUCGCAGGCGCUAUCAUUUCGCCCUACUACGACUCCCUCUUGGUCAAAGUUAUAGCGCAAUCCAAAGAUCUGCAGUCGUCUUGUGCUAAAAUGAAUCGAGCCCUGAGAGAGUUCAGGGUUCGUGGAGUCAAAACUAACAUUCCGUUCCUUUUGAAUGUUCUGGAGAACCAGAAGUUCUUGAACGGGUCCGUCGAUACGUACUUCAUCGACGAGCAUCCGCAACUUUUCAAUUUUGCUCCUACUCAGAACAGGGCUCAAAAGUUGUUGAAUUACUUGGGGCAGGUGUUGGUCAACGGGCCACAAACACCGUUAGCCACUCCUAACAAGCCUGCGGAUAUUAAACCCCACUUGCCGGAGGUAUCUCAAGAAUACCUGGCCAGCACCCCUCAACAAACUCCAAAAGUGCAGCCGCCCAAAGGGUUCCGCGAGAUUUAUAAGCAACAAGGUCCGGAAGCUUUCGCAAAAGCCGUGAGGAACCACAAAGGUCUCCUAUUGAUGGACACGACGUACCGCGACGCCCAUCAAUCUCUGUUAGCCACAAGAGUCCGUUCGCACGAUCUCCUGAAUAUCUCGCCGUUCGUUACGCACAAUUUCAGUCAGUUGUACUCGCUGGAGAACUGGGGUGGGGCAACUUUCGAUGUCGCCUUGAGGUUUUUGCACGAGUGCCCAUGGGAAAGAUUAGAGGAUAUGAGAAAAUUGAUUCCCAAUAUUCCUUUCCAGAUGUUGCUUAGAGGGGCGAACGCUGUGGGCUACACGAAUUAUCCAGAUAACGUCGUGUUUAAGUUCUGCGAGUUAGCGGUCCAAACCGGAAUGGACAUUUUCCGCGUGUUCGACUCUUUGAAUUACCUUCCGAACUUGAUCGUGGGGCUGGAAGCGGCAGGCAAAGCGGGCGGGAUCGUGGAGGCGGCGAUUUCGUACUCUGGGGACGUGAGCAACCCCAAAAAAACCAAAUAUGAUUUGAAAUAUUACUUGAACAUAGCUGAAGAGCUGGUAAAGGCGGGAACGCACGUCUUGGCCAUCAAAGACAUGGCCGGACUGCUUAAACCGGCAGCUGGAAGGAUGUUGGUAAGCGCUCUCCGCGACAAAUAUCCUGACCUUCCGAUUCAUAUCCAUACGCACGACACGAGUGGCGCUGGUGUCGCUUCUAUGCUAGCAUGCGCUGAAGCCGGAGCUGACGUCGUCGACGUCGCCGUCGAUUCCAUGUCGGGUCUUACUAGCCAACCCAGCAUGGGUGCGGUCGUGGCCAGCCUCCAAGGAACACCGCUCGACACAAACUUGGAUCUGUCCAAAGUUUCGGAAUACUCGGCAUACUGGGAACAAACCCGAACCCUGUACGCACCUUUCGAGUGUACCACGACCAUGAAAUCCGGGAACGCGGACGUCUACAACAACGAAAUCCCCGGCGGACAAUACACCAACCUCCAGUUCCAAGCCUACUCGCUAGGUCUGGGCGACUUCUUCGAAGACGUGAAGAAGGCGUACGCCGAAGCCAAUAUCCUCCUAGGUGAUAUUAUCAAAGUCACACCAUCGUCCAAAGUCGUGGGCGACUUAGCUCAGUUCAUGGUCCAGAACAAACUCACGUCAGACGACGUUUUGAACAAAGCCGAAGAAUUAUCUUUCCCUAAGUCAGUAGUGGAGUAUUUGCAAGGUCACAUCGGACAACCCUAUGGCGGUUUCCCCGAACCUCUACGCUCCAAGGUCUUACGAGACAUGCCUAGGAUCGAAGGGCGUCCCGGGGCAUCUCUAGCACCACUAGAUUUUGACAAACUGAGCAACGAUAUCAGGGAAACUUUCCCUCACGCGACUGAUCGGGAUGUCAUGUCUGCCGCGCUGUAUCCACAAGUCACGAACGAAUUCCUAACGUUCAAAGAACAGUACGGACCUGUGGAUAAAUUAGACACGCGGAUUUUCCUAGUGGGGCCUAAGGUUGGCGAAGAGUUUGAAGUAACGAUCGAAAAAGGGAAGACUCUAGGUAUCAAGACUCUCGCGAUGGCCGAAGAUUUAACCGAAAACGGAGAAAGAGAAGUCUUUUUUGAACUGAACGGUACUCUUCGGUCGGUACUUAUCAGAGACAAGGAUGCCGGGAAGGAGAUACACGUGCAUCCCAAGGCCGAUAAAGCCGAUAAGAAACAAGUGGGUGCGCCUAUGCCCGGUACUGUGAUCGAUAUUAGAAUCAAAGUUGGCGAAAAAGUCGAGAAAGGUACGCCUUUAGUGAUCCUCUCGGCUAUGAAAAUGGAAACCGUGGUCCAGAGUCCCGUCGCUGGUAUCGUAAAAACUCUAGAUGUCAAUAUGGGAAUGAAACUCGAGGCUGAAGACUUGAUGAUCACCGUUGAAUAAAUACUAGGUACUUUGGUGUUUAGGCUGUGUCACGUCAUGUACAAAAGAGCUAUUUUUACUUGUUUUUCGAUUAUAUUUUUGAGAUGUUCCCGGAAUUAUUUAUUGUUACAUCCCCUUUGUUGAUCUUGUUAUUUUGUUACUCGACUUUUAUUAAUAAAUUCACUUAUUUUUUA